AUGUCGCGCGUCGUCUGCCAUGCGCUGGCAGUGGCGCUGGCGCUCCUCGUCGCGGCGCCGCUCAGCGUCGUCGCGCAGGUCGCGGCGCAGAACCGCCUGCUGAAGAGCGACGCCAUCGUGCCGCUGCGCUCGCACUCGCUCUACGCGCCCUACGUGGACUCCAACUUGCAGAACAAGUUCUGGGACUUUGGCGGCGACGCCUACGUCGACACGAACAAGCACAUCCGCCUGACGCAGGAUCGGGGCAGCCAGGCGGGAUGGCUGUGGACGCGCUCGGAGAUCCAGCCGGAGAACUACGAGAUCCAAGUCGAGUUCAGCAUCGACGGCAAGGCUGCGGGCCACAAGCCGUACGGCGAUGGCUUCGCGAUGUGGCUCACGACGGAGCGCGCGCAGCCCGGCCCGGUGUUCGGCUCGAAGGACUACUUCACCGGCCUGGGCAUCAUGUUUGACACGUUCGCCAACUCGAGACAUCCCUACACUUUCCCGCGCGUUCUCGCCAUCAACGGCAACGGCAUCGAGCGGUAUAACGUCGGCAAGGACGGCGCGCCGCAGGAGGUGGCUGGCUGCUCCGUGUCCAUCAGGCGCGCGGCCGUCGCGACGAAGGCGAGACUCACUUAUGUGAAGGACGUGUUCCUCGAGCUUGCCCUGCACUACAACGAGUGGGACGACUGGGACACGUGCUUCAAGCUGGACAACGUCACGAUUCCAGCUCGGCCGUACCUCGGCUUCUCGGCCGCGACGGGCGACGUGAGCGACAACCACGACAUUGUCUCCGUGUCGACGAGCAACAUCAUCUACAAGGAGCGCACGGCCGCCGAGAAGAAGGCACACCGCCUCGAGCACUUCCCGCCCGGCGGCGCGGCCAAGGCCGGCGAGAAGAAGAAGUCCGGCGGCUGGUUCUCGAAGAAGAAGAAGCAGGCCGACAGCGGCACGCCCAGCAGCGGCACGAACCGCGACACGCCGAGCGGGCCGGGCUUCUUCGCAGGCUUCUUCUCGGGGCUGUUCAGCCUCAUCUGGUUCGUGCUCAAGUGGGCGUCUGUGCUGGGCGUCAUCGCGGGCGCGGCAUACGGCUACUUCCGGUGGCAGAAGAAGAAGGACGCCAAGCGGUUCUAAGGGACUCCCAUCUGCAGCGUCCGCCGCUACGACAGCUCGCGCGUGGACCCCGCAGUCUGUUGCAAAAUGCUAAAUGUGCAGAGACGCUGAUGAUACAUGUGGGGUGGCGGCGAUGCGGACAUCAGGGGCGGUUG